AUGAAUCCCCACCAGCAGAACAAAGUCGAUAUCAACUCGAUGAGCCCGGAGGAACAGCGUCUGCUGCGCCUCUAUGGCAAAAUGCCCACCAAGAAAGACCUGCUCCAGAACAAGCUCAAGGAGCGCAAAUACUUCGACUCGGGCGACUACGCUCUCAGCAAAGCCGGCAAAGCCUCGGAUGUCGGCGUCACCAGCAUCGGCUCCCGCCACCCGGUCCCGGAGAACAUCCCCCAUCUCACUGCGACUUCGCCAGGUGCCGCAAACCCCGGCGCGGCCGGCAGUGGAGGUAGCACCGCGGGCAUCGGCCAACAGAUCCCCGGCAGUAUCAGCGGACACCCAGGCUCGAUCGGCUUCCAGAGCCGGUCGCCCGUGAAAGAGGGAAGCUACCUGCACCGCGGAUCCAGUCUCAGUCGGGCCUCUAGGGGCCCGGAUGAUGAUGGUGCUGGUGGUAGCAAUGAGGGCACGGAGCCUAGCGUGGGCACACAAGCUGCGCGGGAAGGCGUCCCCAUCCGCCAGUAA